GUAGGUCAUGGUGUGGCCGUGCAAGCACUGUUCUGUGGUGUGGCUAUCACUUUGGAAGACGAGUUAGCGUAUAGUGUUGUGAGUAAAUAUGGCAGUAAGAGCCCAGUUCGAGAACAACAAUGAAAUUGGCGUAUUCGCUAAACUUUCCAACUCUUACUGCUUGGUGGCUAUUGGCGGUUCGGAGAACUUCUACAGCAUCUUCGAAGGCGAGCUUGCGGAUACCAUACCUGUGAUCCAUGCGUCCAUCGCGGGUUGCCGGAUAAUAGGACGGCUUACUGUGGGUAAUCGACAUGGCUUGCUUGUGCCGAACACUACAACUGACCAGGAACUUCAGCACCUUCGAAACUCUCUUCCUGAUAGUGUAAAGAUACAGCGGAUAGAAGAACGCCUAUCAGCACUUGGAAACGUUAUAGUCUGCAAUGAUUACGUUGCUCUGACACACCCUGAUUUAGACAAGGAAACAGAAGAAAUUAUAGCUGAUGUACUUAAGGUUGAGGUGUUCCGGCAAACAAUAGCUGGGAAUGUUCUUGUUGGCAGUUACUGCGCCCUGAGCAAUCAAGGUGGCCUGGUGCAUCCACGGACAUCCAUUGAAGACCAAGGAGAGCUUUCUUCCCUUCUGCAGGUCCCUCUUGUUGCGGGCACAGUGAAUCGAGGUAGCGACGUAGUUGGUGCAGGGAUGGUGGUGAAUGACUGGUGUGCUUUUUGUGGCAUGGAUACUACAAGCACAGAGCUCUCAGUAGUGGAGAGCGUCUUCCGGCUGAAUGAAGCUACUCCUGCGGCCAUCACAACCACUAUGAAGGCGUCUUUGAUUGAGAGUAUGACUUGAUGCCUGUGGAGAAGAGUCAAGGUUGCUGUCCAUCCAAGAGCGUCCCAUGUACAGAGAAAAAAAAACAUGCCCUUCUUUAUCGAACUCUUUUAACACACGUGAAUUACUGAACAUGCAUUGAAAGGCAUUAAAAGAUACUGCUUGCACAGAA